AUGUCAGAAUACUACAACUCAAGCCCGUAUCCCCCUCCCCCAGGGAGUGGACACAACCAGUACCCGCCCCCUCCGCGAUCCCAAUACGAGGGCGGGCAAAGCUACACUGCUCCACAGUCCUCCUAUGGGGAGUAUCAGCCUGCACGGGAAGACCAAUACCGAUCUUCCCCCCGCUCUUCCGGCAUGCAGGUAGGCCAGUACGCGGGCGAGUACGAUUACAACCGCGAACGUCGCAACUCGGGUCCCUUUGCUGCUAGUCAGUAUCGAGCCGGUGACAAUUCGUCCUAUUAUGCGCCUCCGUCGCAAGGAUACGACGACCGCUAUGACGACCGUCCCAGCUCCCGUGGCUCAAGGCGGGAACGGGAAAGGGAGAGAGAGAGGUCAAGAGACAGGGGAGAAAAGCAUCACGGCGGACACGAGACUGGAAAGGAAAUAGGGGCCACUCUCCUCGGUGGCGCAGUUGGCGGAUGGGCUGGCCAUGAACUGGGCCACAACAGCAGCCUGAUCACUGUUGCUGGAGCACUGGCCGGUGCCUAUGCUGGCCACAAGCUCGAAUCCAAGCAUGAGAAAGACAAGCUUAAGAAGAAAGAGCGCCGAGAAGGCGAGGCGUAUGGCGAGGACUAUGACGACUACGAAAGUCGGAGAAGCCGUUCCAUCUCUCGCUCUCGCAGGAGGUCGGGGAGCAGGAGAAGAAGUAUCAGCAGUAGCAGCAGUGAGAGUGACAGCAGCCGGCGUAGGCGUCGUCACCAUCACUGA